AUGCCUCGCUUUGACGAUGCUGACUUUGGUGUCGAGCCCACCGCUCCUCACGUCCCUGCUCCUCCUCGCAGCACUCGUCCCGGCUUCUCUCGCUCUGGCUCUGGCCUGCCCAUCCCCAGCAAUGCAGACACCACCGUGGAGAUUCCCGCUACCCGCAGCUCCAUCAGCGAUGCCGCCUCCCUCAUGCACAAUCUGAGCUUGUCCCCUUCCAUGAAGGAGCGACGGGGCUCCCGCAAUUCCUUUGGUACUUCUCUCCCCAUUCCGCGCUCGCCACGUCGGUCCCGGCUGUCUUCCCAGCGCGGUGCACCCUCCGUCUCUCGGGAUAUCCUGGCUUCCCAGGUCCAGGACAUGUCCAAGGAGAAGGUGGCCAAUGCCAAGAACAUGGCGUUUGCCUUUGACAUUGACGGUGUGCUGGCACACGGCAAUGAGCCCAUCGAGGAGGCCAAGGAAGCUUUGAGAAUGCUCAAUGGUGAUAACGAGCUGGGAAUCAAGAUCCCCUACAUCCUGCUCACCAACGGUGGUGGUAAGACCGAGAUCGCCCGUUGUGAGCAGCUUUCUCAGAUUCUGGAGGCACCCAUCUCCACCGACCAGUUUAUCCAGUCCCACACUCCCAUGCAGGCCCUGGCAGAGUACUACGAGACUGUUCUGGUGUGCGGUGGCGAAGACUUCAAGGUCCGUGAGGUCGCCGAGAGCUAUGGCUUCAAGAAUGUCGUUCACCCCAAGGAUAUUCUGGCGUGGGAUCCCACCGUUUCUCCCUGGCGCGUCUUCUCCGAGAAGGACCGCGCCGAUGCUAAGCCUCGCGACUUCUCCAGGAUGAAGUUCGACGCUAUCUUGGUCUUUGCCGACUCCCGUGACUACGCCACCGACAUGCAGCUCAUCAUCGACCUGCUUCUGGCCGAGGACGGAAAGCUGCUGACCCGCGCCAAGGACCCCGUCGCCAGCCGCAUCCCUAUUUACUUCUCGCAGGGUGACCUGGUCUUCCCUACCGACCACAAGGGCCCACCCCGUCUGACCCAGGGUGCUUUCCGUAUCGCCAUCGAAGCCCAGUACAAGGCUUUGACCGGCGUUGAGUUGGAGCGUGUCGUCUACGGCAAGCCUGAGCGUGCCACUUACACCUAUGCCGACGAGGUACUCAAGUCCUGGAUGGAGCAGAUUCACAAUGAGAACAGGCUGCCUCAGAACAUCUACAUGGUCGGCGAUAACCCGCAGUCCGAUAUCAUUGGCGGCAAUAUGUACGGCUGGAACACCUGUCUGGUCCGUACCGGUGUCUUCCAGGGCAAGGAGGGCGAGAACGACGCCAACAACCCUGCCAACUUUGGUGUCUUUGACAAUGUCUUGGAGGCUGUCAAGGCUGCUGUCCGCAAGGAACUGGGCCACGAGUUCAAGCUCAAGUGGAACCCCAAAGUCAACCCCGUUCUCAGCGGUGACGGUGCCUCGGCCGUUGAGUAA